AGCCAUUUUGUUGUUCCACCAUCUUCCGCUCAUCUCUCAAAUUAAAUAGCCAUUCCUUUACCUGAAAGAUUAAUCUUUGGCUUUAUCCAACUAAUAUUUCCAAUUCUUGAAAGCCUCUCUCGUCUUCGUUCAUCUUUCUGUAUUUUGAUUACCUGUCUGCAACAAUCAGUUUUCAUACUCCUAAGGAGCGAGUGAUCCCCUCAUCGUCGUCUUCUUCAUUUCGUUUCCUGGAGGACCGUUGUCCCCUUUUUGCUUCUUUGUUGUUUGAUUCUUUCUUUCAUUUCUUUGAGGAUGGUUUGCUUGGUUUCUCGUACGGGAAGGCACUUGCAGCGAUAUGACGACCUAGGCCGCCGCCAAGUUGUGGGGUGCAUUCCUUACAGGUUCAAAUGUAGCACUGAUGGAACAAUUAGUGAUGACUUGGAGGUUCUUGUGAUCUCCUCACAGAAAGGUCAAAAAAUGAUGUUUCCUAAGGGUGGUUGGGAGCUUGAUGAAUCGAGAGAAGAAGCUGCUUUAAGAGAGUCAGUUGAAGAAGCUGGUGUUCUAGGCAAUGUUGAGUGUGAAUUGGGCAGAUGGAACUUUAUAAGCAAAAGCCAUGGCACAUUUUAUGAAGGUUACAUGUUCCCUUUGCUUGUGAAGGAGGAGCUUGACUUCUGGCCCGAGCAGAACGUGCGCCAAAGGGCAUGGUUGAAUGUGAAAGAAGCCAGGGAUGUGUGCCAGCAUUGGUGGAUGAAGGAAGCCUUAGACAUACUGGUUGAACGACUGACCUCCUCCUUGCAACAGAAGGAACAAAAUAUGUCAAUAUGUUCUUUGAUUUAGUAAUACAGAAUAGUAGUUGUAACUAAGGCAUUGCCAUGCUCUUCAGCUUUGCAUGUUUGUUAAAAAAAGCAGGGAGCAAAUAGCAGUGGUUAGGGCCAAUCUCUAUUGACUACCCAGGAAGUGAGUUGCAGCUGGUAGAUGUUAGGAAAUAAUUGUAAAUUGAUGGACGGCUGGUGCUGAUAGUUGCGCCUCCUUAGGAAACAAUUCAUAUCGAAAGUUAAUUAGGUGAAGAGAUCUUGCAAGUUGUACAUUUCAAUCCAUGCCCUUAACAGCAAGUAGCAUUGCUUGCGAUCGAGUGGGCCAUGAUUGAACUACAAAAAACAAAACGAAACACAAAAAAAAUUGAUCCAUUUUAAUGAGGAUGGAAUCCCUUCAGUUUUUGCAUGAA